AGCUAUGUUUCUAUUAGGAAUGCGAUAGCGUUGUUUAUGGUUAUUUGUGCGUAGACACGUUUUGUAUACAGAAAAUAUGUAAUAUUUUAAGAGUAUAUUUGUUUUGUUUGCACGGAUAUUUUGAUAUUUUUCAAAAAUGACAUCUACAGCACAUUUAAAUAAUCAGCAACUUAAGAAGCGGAAUAAAUGGAUGUUUAAAUUGCAUGUUUUGACGAAUGAACUAUUAGAUUGGGCAAGUCGUGUAUACUCCAUGUACAGUAAAGGACAGGCUCACAAACCUGAAUACCUAGAACAGAUCUUUAUUCAAUUAAAUGCUGAUAUGAUUGGUCAUUUGAGGAAGAAGUUGGAAGCCGAGGGUUAUUCUGUUUGGAAUGCAAUAACAUAUCGCCAUCACCAACAGUUUGUAGAUGAUUUAGCCUUUAACAACAGAAAAAUGAAAGAAGACAUAGCGUUCAGAGAGCAAGAUAGUGAUGCUAAACAGACACAGAUUAACAACCUACUUACUCAGCUGAAAGAGGAACAAAGACAAAGAGUUAGGGAAGUAUCACAAACAAAGGGUGAACUCGAAUCACAGGUAGAGGCUCUAAAGGAUGAUGUUGCUCGUUUGAAAAAGGAAAAAGAUGGUCUCCUCAAUAGAUAUAUAAUUGAAACUAACACAACUCAAAGAUACAGUAACAAAGUAGAAAAGCUUGAAAAUGAAGUCGAGGAAUUGGGUUCUAAUUUAGAAGUAGUAAUGAAUAGAUAUCCGCCAGUAUCAAGUAGAAGUCGAGAAGCUGUUACCAGAGAAAUGUUGUUGGAAACUCGUAUAGCAAGGCUUCAGAAAGAAAAUGAUACCUUGCUUAACAGAUUAACCGAGGCGGAGACGAAGAAUAUUAGACAUGGUUUCCCAGAACUUGAACCCUAUGUCGACAUGAAGGAAGAGCAGGGUCCAUUGUUCCCUCAACGAUUGAACUCCUUAUAUGUUGAUGAUUGGACUAACGCAUAUGAAGUUGUGAAAAAUGUUUAUGGUGAAAGAAAAAGUAUUGUUGUCUUGUUGGAAUGGUUAGAGACUUGCCAGAAAAUGGGCCGUGAUCUCUUUGAUGAACAGAAAGAAAUGCUUAAAUGUGAAACUGUAGGUUUCCUGAGAAAAUACCAAAAAAAUGAGAGAAAAGAUCUUGCAUUACCUGUAUCUAAAAACGGUGUUGUCCACAUUAAAGAUUUUCAAAGAAAGAUGGCAGCUGAUACUAUUCCUGCUUUUAAAGAGGUCUGUAGACUGAACACUAUUAAAAGUAUAAGAUUCAAAGGUAGAAACGCUGCCCUGGAUUACAUCAACAAGUGUGCUGAACUGUGUUGGAUGAUGAACUUUGAAGACCCUCCAGUUGGCAUGGAUUUUGAAUUCAAAGAAGGCGGGAAAAUUAACCCAAACCGAUUUACCACUUAUUUUAAGAAAGGAAAAUUGAUUGACUAUUUGGUGUGGCCUGUGCUCAUGUCUUUGUCUGACAAUACACUUUUAACAAAAGGCAUCGUUCAAAGUAAAUAGACAACGCCAGUGUGUAAGAGUUCGGAAUAUACUUGUAAACAUACUUCUUUUCACAAGAUAGUGACAACAUGUGUAAAGUUAAUGAAUUAUAUUUUAAUUUUUCCUCAUGUCUGUUAAGAUUUACAUAAUGUGUAAGAAAUAAAAGAGGCCUGUCAUUAAUGUAAAUUCGUUUUA